AUGGCGUUUAUAAUGUUCAAAUCUUCCUCAUCGAGUGUCAGUGGGGAACUUGGCCUCUUUUUGUUUUUAAAAUGCCUGACUGGUCCGGCUACCUGUGGUCUCGGUACUAGCGGAUCGACAAAUGGUGCUGGCGGCAGUACCUGUGCUGCUUGUUGGACCUGUUGUGGUGCUUGGACAGGUGGGGCUGGCCCGUCCUGUGGCGCAUCGGCUAUGUCUGCUGCCUCUGGGGCUGGUUCGUCCUGUGGCGCAUCGGCUAUGUCUGCUGCCUCUGGGGCUGGUUCGUCCUGUGGCGCAUCGGCUAUGUCUGCUGCCUCUGGGGCUGGUUCGUCCUGUGGCGCAUCGGCUAUGUCUGCUGCCUCUGGGGCUGGUUCGUCCUGUGGCGCAUCGGCUAUGUCUGCUGCCUCUGGGGCUGGUUCGUCCUGUGGCGCAUCGGCUAUGUCUGCUGCCUCUGGGGCUGGUUCGUCCUGUGGCGCAUCGGCUAUGUCUGCUGCCUCUGGGGCUGGUUCGUCCUGUGGCGCAUCGGCAACGUUAUUUAAUUCAUCGAAGUCUGCCUCAGAUGUUUGCGUCGAUUCCUCCUUCUGCAAAAGGACAUUUUAA